AUGAGGUCCACCGCCAAUUCUCUCCGCCUCCCAGCUCUUGGGGCCCUUGGCCUCAUCCUCACCACUCUCACACCACCUGCUCUCUCCCUCCCCGGUUCAGGUUCGACCACCAACAGCGCCUCUGAUGCAAUCCCUAUCCACUGGCUGGGCGAUACCCCAGACUACGUCGCCGGUACUACAUUCGGUCUCCCCUGGCCGCGCGGGAAAUACACCUUCAAUAACACUGUGUUCUCCAUCUCUGGCGGAGCAGACGAGAUCCCUCUCCAGUCCUGGGUUAAUGGGUAUUGGGCAGAUGGAUCGAUUAAGUGGACGGGCCAUGCCGUCCCUGCGCUGGGAAGUGUUGAGGAGGGGUAUACCGUGAAUGUGCGAAAGGGAAGAGCAGGCGGCUCCAAGGCCAACACUAGCGAGAGCAUCGAGGUCACGAGUCGCGGCAGCGAAGUGUCCGUCAACACCGGCAAGAUUACUGUGACGUUUCCGAAGACAGGGAGCAACCUUAUCGGCUCAAUAACGACGUCGUCUGGACAGACUGUCGGCGAAAAUGGAAAGCUCGUUCUGCACACGCAGUCUGGUGUUGCGGAGGAUAUCGCCUCGCGCGCGAAUACGACGAUCGAUUACUUCAAUUUCGAGAGCAAGAUUUCCAAUGUCACUGUUAGCAAGGAGAAUAGCGUUCGCACUUUGGUUACGGUGCGCGGCACGCAUGCGGCGACUUCUGGAGACCAUGAUGCGUGGCUGUCCUUCGUUGUGCGAUUCUACCUGUACGCCGGUUCCGAUGCAAUUCGCAUCGUGCACAGUAUCAUCUUUGAUGGCGAUGCCGAGUCUGAUUUUAUCUCUGGUCUGGGAAUCCAAUUCCAGGUUCCGCUGGCUGGAGAAGAAUUGUACGAUCGCCAUGUGCGCAUCCCCGGCGUCGACGGCGGGUUCCUCCACGAGGCCGUGCAAGGAAUCACAGGCUUGCGUCGGGACCCAGGCGAAGAAGUCCGCAAUGCGCAGUUUAACGGGACCAAACUGCCCGACGAGAGUACCUGGGACACUCGCGUGACAAGCCGACUGCAAUGGAUCCCAGCCUGGAACGACUACAAGCUCUCGCAGCUCUCACCGGAUGGAUUCACGAUCCAGAAGCGCACAAAGCCCGGUCAAGGCUGGAUCCAUGUUCCUGGGGGCACGCGGUCCCAUGGGCUGACAUACCUUGGCGGCGCAACGAAGGGAGGAGUCGCCGUCGGCCUGCGCGAUUUCUGGAAACGGUAUCCGACCGGUGUUGAGAUCUCAAAUGCCGCAGGCGACGAGGGAAGCAUCACGAUUUGGCUGUACAGUCCUGAAGCUGCGCCGCUUGAUCUUCGCCCGUUCCAUGAUGGAAUGGGACAGGAUACAUACGAGAAACAGUUGGAUGCGCUGGAGAUCACGUACGAAGACUAUGAACCGGGCUUCAACACUCCAUACGGGAUCGCGCGAACAAGCGAAAUCUACCUCUAUGCGUUCGACUCGACACCCUCGAGUGACCACCUAUCCAUUCUGAGCACGCACACAAACGAGCCACCCGUCCUCGUCGCCGAACCGGCCUACAUCCGCGAGACGAAAGCCCUAGGCUCCUACUGGAACUUGCCCGACACAUCGAACGAUAAGGCCGCCACAAUCGAAGACCACCUCGAUUUUCUCAUUGAGUUCUACGAAGGCCAGGUCGAGGACCGUAGGUGGUACGGGUUCCUCGAUUACGGCGACUACAUGCACACGUACGAUGAGGACAGACACAUCUGGCGGUACGACGUUGGCGGCUACGCGUGGGAUAACUCCGAGCUCUCGCCGGACCUGUUCCUCUGGCAGCAGUUCCUGCGCACCGGACGCGCGGACGUCUAUCGUCUCGCUGAGGCACUGACCCGGCACACCGGCGAAGUCGACGUCUACCACAUUGGCGACUGGAAGGGUCUUGGGACGCGCCACGGCGUGCAGCACUACGCCGACAGCGCCAAACAGGUCCGCAUCACCCAGCCCCAGUAUAGAAAAUACUUCUUCUACUUGUCUGGUGGAGACGAGCGUGUCGGCGAGAUCCUAGAGGAAGCACUUGACACCGACAAGACAUACGAGGUCCUCGAUCCGAACCGCAAGGUCCGCACGGACGGUUGGACGCCCACGCCGGGACAGUCAGCCACCAUCUCCCUCGGUACCGACUGGGCUGGACUCGCUGGCGGCUGGCUCAUCGAGUGGGAGCCUUUAGAGCACACUGGCGCUGGCAAGAGGCACGACCCAAAUAACAAAGGCCUUGUCUCCGUCUCACACCUCAACGCCGUCUUCGGCCUACCCGAAGUAAUCUCCGAGCUUCUGGAGUAUUGGAACGAUGGCACCGAUGCACCGGCCGGUUUCAAGAAAGAUUGGCUGGAAUACUGCUACUACUAUGACGCUUCAGCGGGAGAGCACAAGGCUCGCUACUGCGAGUCCUUUGGAAGCCUAAACCUUAUUCAGGGACACUCACGACUUACAGCGUACUGA